CAAAGUUUGGCUUUCAAAAGAGAAAGCACACUAUAUAUUAAGCAAGCAAAAUGUCCACCCAGCUUUCUUUCGUGACACUCGACGUCUUUACGCCUACACGGUACAGAGGAAACCCUUUGGCAAUCAUCAAAGUACCCUCAAUCGUCGCACUGACUCAGGAUCAGAAACAGGAGAUCGCCCGCGAGUUCAACCUCUCCGAGUCGGUGUUCUUGCACGAACAGACGGCCAAAGACCGCGCCGACCACUCUGUCCGCAUCGACAUCUUCACCUCCUAUGCAGAAGUGCCGUUUGCCGGCCAUCCGACAGUCGGCACGGCCAAUUACAUCCUGCGCCAGUUGAAGAACGAUUCGCUGGAUGAUAUCCAAGCUUUACAGACUAAAGCAGGGCGACUCCCGUGGACAAUCAAUCCCUCGGUUGGUGGCGUACAAAUCUCGGUCGCUCACAACCUACAUAUUCACGGUUCUCCGUUUGCCGACCAGCCUUUUGGUCACUUUCCAGUGGUCAGCAUUGUCAAGGGGAUGACUUUUAUUCUCGUCCACCUGCCCGAUUUGGAUGUAUUGGCAGCACAAACUCAGAACCUGGUAGGGCGGGAUAACACUUCUACCGCAACAGCCAAACUCGACCACGGCUGGCGCGAGGGCAUCGUGGUCACCUACUUUUACGUCAACCUCGGUGUCACGGAUGGUGGAAUCAAUUACCUGCGUGUCAGGAGUCUGGGGUCGCGCGAAGAUCCCGCAACAGGCAGCGCCGCGAGCGCCUUAACGUCCUAUGUCUCCCUCCAAACUGGGAAAGCAGGUCGCUACAGGUACAAACUCACCCAAGGCGUGGAGAUGGGUCAGAAGAGCGAAAUCUUCGUCGAGAUCGGCGUCAAGGAGAGCUCCACAGGUCAAAUACAGGAGAUCGACGACAUUCUGUUGAGUGGUUGCGGUGUGCAAACCAUGCAGGGAACAUUGGAAAUUCCUAUUUCAGAGUGAAUUUGGAGGAGGUGCUACUCAUUGUCGGGUUCUAUCGGUAUGAGUUACUGGCCAGUUUUCUGGAAUACGCUGAGAAAUAGGAUAGAAAUUAUCAGCGCCGUCAAUAUCUCAUUUUUUGCUUUUCAUCUAUUCCAUUUACUACACAAAAUGUUUGGGCAGUCGACUAGAUUUAUCUAUGGUGGAG